AUGUCGCCAAUUGGGGCCAAGGACGGCAGAGAGACACCACAACUGCCUCGGCUGGCAAUUCCCGCCUAUAAUAAGACGAAUCCGUUUUCUGCCACCUCACCAACGGUUUCGGCAACGAUAUCACAGCUAGGAGAUAUCAUUUACCCAGUAUGGACGCCCUCGUCAGCCUCGACAACCAAAUCCCCGUCUUUACGCGGAAGCGGGCUGCCACCUUGGACACCUAUUGCCGCAGGAAAAUCGCCCCAGAUCGCUGUUGGUAUGCCAAUCAAGGCUGUGCGACCUCCACGACCAAUAUCGAAAGACCCGCCUCGUCCCGGUACUGCUUCCACAGUCUCAAAAGACCCCCCUCGACCUGAAACGGCUGCUUCGAUUAAUAAAGAGCUACCUAGUCCUUGGACAAGCGCUUCUUCGAUUCACAAGGAGCUUCCUCGUCCUAUGACUGCUUCUACAAAAAGGUUGACAUUAUCACGUUACAACAAAACGCGGCCUAUCAAAUAUGGAAAUUGGAAAGAUGGGGAAAUUGAACUCGUACCACAGCCUAGUGAUGACUCGGAGGAUCCUUUGAAUUGGCCGUUAUGGCGCAAAAAUCUGAACUUUUAUGCCUUACUCCAUAUGGUCGCAUUGGUAGGCGUCUCCAAGACCAUGUUUGUGACGGUUCACAGCGAGGUCGCCUUGAGCAACGGGGUCUCUUAUACAGCCGCUGUAGCAUUGACCGGCGUUCCGCUCUGUGUGUCCGCUCUGUCGGGAAUGCUCAGCUUGGUGAUUGCCAAGGUCUUCGGGAAGCGACCAAUCUACCUCGCCUCUACUUUGUUCAUGUUCAUUGGUACAAUGUGGGGUAUGUACGUGAUGAAUAGCUUUUCUCAAAACAUGGCCUCGCGCGUUUUUCAAGGACUUGGCUGGGGCGCUUUCGACACCCUGGUGUUAGGUUCCCUUCAGGAUACCUUCUUUGAACACGAGCUCCAGCCUCGGAUAUUGGCUGUUCAAGCUGUCUCUAUUGCCGCUACCUGGGGUUCCCCAUUGCUUGGAGGCGUCGCAUCAGUUGGGCCCAGGGGCUUUUGCCUUCAAUAUGAAAUCUUAAGCAUAUUCCUUGCUCUCGGAACAUGGGCCGUUGUAUUUGGAGUCCCGGAAUCCACCUUUGAACGGAGCUCCAUCUCAAUGUUCAGCCGCGAUUCUUUGCAGAGUAGACCUCGACUGAAUUGGCCAUGGAUUCGAUUCUCUACAGAAGCUGCCAAGGACUACAUCAGUCGCAUGCGACCAUGGUCAUUCAAGGUGUCCCUGAUGGACAGUACGCUACUUCUCCGUGCACCGCGGGCCAUGAUGACACCUACCAUACUGCUGCUUUUCUCUGUAACUUUGCUUCCCUAUGCCGCUCUUUGGGGUUUUGCCAGCUCACUGUCGCUUCUCUUUUCCGUCAUGCCAUUUAUGCUCUCGACAACUAAUAUAGGCACCCUUCUCACCGGACCUUUUAUCUUUGCAACGGCGAUCAUGAUCACUCUUGCGCUCCCGUUGUACACUGCCAGGUUCACCAGUACUAUUCUCUCUACCACACUGGCAGUGGGCGCCAUUGUGGCUUCGGUCGGCACAUUUGGUUUCGGACUCUACAUUGAGGGCUCCAUGGUCAUGGCGGCCAACGGUACGAGAAACUCCCUGGGCACCAUGUGGAGCCUAGAUGCCGUUGGUGCUAACAUCAGCUUUCCCGUGGUGUCAUUUCUACUCGGCCUGCUCGCCGCUGGUUCAUUGACCCUGGACGCCACGAUCCGACCCAUGAUUCAGCGCUCCAUCUCCUUCACUUCGGUGAAUUUGUCAAAUGCGAUGCGCAGUACUAUCGAUAUGCACGCCGGAUUGACCUGCCUGCGCAACUUGGUUGCCGGUGCGUUCAUUAUUGGGCUGCCUAACGCCGUGUGGGCCUGGGACGGUCUCAGAUCUGCUGCUUUGGGCAUUGGCAUUGCGCAGUUCUUUGUUGCAGGUGCUGUUGGCUGUGUUUGGUGGCAGUGGCAAGAAAAUGUAUGGCGAUUGGAUGGAAAGGCCAUUGGGGCAGUUGACGCAUCUGCGCUGGUGCUGGAGAAGAGUUAUUUCGACACCAGCUAG